AUCCCAAGGCAGGUGAUGCAGGGUGAGGACCAGCCCACAGACAGAGUCCGACUUCCCAAGAGCCUAUUUGGAGCCCUCCUGCCCGGCAACAGGUCUGCUGUCCGGUUGGCCAUAACUGUUCUGAACAUUGGUACAGGGAAUGUCUUCAAGGGCCCCAAGCUCCUCCAGGACAAUGGCAGCAGCGUGUUGAACAACCGCAUGGUAGGCUUGAGUGUGGGCCAGAUGCAUACCACUGGACUGUCGGAGCUGGUGGAGAUCACCUUCUCUCACCAGCGUCAACCAUCUAAUAUGAUCCUUACUUGUGUGUUCUGGGAUGUGGUUAAAGGUAGCACAGGAGACUGGGAUUCCCAAGGCUGCUCCACAGAGCUCGGGGAUGAGAGGACCAUCUGCCGUUGUGACCACUUGACCUUCUUCGCCUUACUGCUGAGGCCGAUCUUGGACCAGGCCACAGCACAGACUCUCACUCGCAUCUCCCAAGCAGGCUGUGGAGUCUCCAUGAUCUUCCUGGCCUUUACCAUGGUUCUCUAUGUUGCCCUCAGGCUCUCUCUGCAGAGGUUCAAGUCUGAAGACGCCCCUAAGAUCCAUAUAGCUCUGAGCAGCAGCCUGUUUCUCCUGAAUCUUACCUUCUUGAUCAAUGUGGGGAGCAGCCCUCAAGGCUCCCCAGCUUCCUGCUGGGCCAGAGCUGCCAUCUUCCACUACUUCCUGCUGUGUGUCUUCACCUGGAUGGGCCUGGAGGCCUUCCACCUCUACCUGCUGGCCAUCAGGGUCUUCAAUACCUACUUUGGACACUAUUUCCUGAAGCUGAGCCUGCUGGGCUGGGGCCUGCCUGCUCUUGUGGUUAUUGGUGUUGGGAGUAGCAACAGUUAUGGUAUCCUCUCCAUCCGCAACCAGGAGAACCGCACCUCACUGGAACUGUGCUGGUUCCAGAAAGAGCCUGCCCUUUAUGCUACUGUCCAUGGCUACUUCCUUGUCAGCUUCCUCUUUGGAGCUGUGGUGCUGGCUCUGGUGGCCUGGAAGAUCUUCACUCUGCCCAGUGUCACAGCAGGCAAAGAACAGGGGCAGACCUGGAAGUCGGUCUUCACUAUUCUGGGCCUCUCCAGCCUUGUGGGCAUGACCUGGGGGCUGGCUGUUCUCACACCCCUGGGCUUGUCCACCAUCUACAUCUUCACCCUCUUUAAUUCACUGCAAGGCGUCUUCAUCUUCUGCUGGUUCAUCACCCUCUACUUCCCGAGGCAGAGCACCACAGCCUCCUCCUCAGGCACUGCCCGCCUGGACCAGGUCCAUUCCGUCUCACAGGAGUAGGCGGCUGCAGGUCAUUCUCACCUCCAGAUGGAUUGUGUGAUCUCGGACAACUUCCUACUUCCUUCUGUGUUCCAUUGCCAUCUCUAUACAGGGUGUCUGAGGAGGGAGAGAGGAUGGAGACCAGGCUGAACCAUAUGGCUCCAAAGCUCCCACUCAGAGAGGUGGAUAGAUUGAUCGCUUGAAGAGGACACUGGUUCAGUUCUCAGCACCCACAUGUAGGCUCACAGCUGUCUCUAACUAUCGUUCCAGGGGAUCUGACACCCUCUUCUGGCCUCCAAGGGCUCAGAAGGUGUUGUAUAUACACAUUGUGGGGGAAACACUCAUACACAUAAAAUAGAAAUUAAAAAAAAACAUUUUGAAAAGCUCCCGUUCAGAUAUGUUCAUGGGUCCAAAGAGCUACAGAAGCAAAUUUGUGGGAGACCAAAAACCCUAUUAGCCUGAGACACCACCCCCAACAGAGUGUCAUCUUUACCCCUGCUGCUAUGGAAACAUGUCCACAGCUAAACAGCUGUUUUUAGCCAUGGACCACCUCUCAUCUCAUUAGGAGCCUGAGCCAAAGAGGGGAAACUUAGUGAAACCCCUGGAAGAAACACCAGCCUUUCCCCCGUCACUUCCCCUACAAUCCCACCUUAUAGCUGCCUCUCCCCAACCCCAGAGUCAUUCACAGACUAUUGUU